UGCCGCUGCGCACCCUGUGGGAACAUAUCCUUACACACUUUGGGUCGUUUGCCAGACGCAUAGUGGCGUGAGACUCCUUUCCUGGAAACAACCCGAUUGGACUUCAGAGAGCAGCUGAAGGGGUUAUAAUUUCAAAAGUCUAUCACUUCAUAUUUUCCAAAGAGAGUUUGCCCAGCUCGCGCACGGGCGCUUUUGUAUUUUAGCCUGUGCGUAAAAACUGAGGAUGAGAGGGCGACUCGUGCACUUCGGUUGCAGCUUUCAUUUGUUGACGACUUAAGAGUUCGGACCAUCUUCGCAUUACAGCGUGGAAGGUGUUUCACAUAGAUGUCCACUCAACUGGAAAGAGGCCUUCAGCUAGAUGAGACAAAACUUGACUCACUCAAAUCCGAAUGUGAAGGAGAAAUUGACGUGGAGAGCCUUGACGGGUGUGUGCCCGUGGCGCGUCACGGAGGUGGCGGGAAGGGAGCCGAGGUGACGGAGGAACAGCAACAGCAGCAGCAGCCCACGCGCAGGCUGACCCGCAGCCCUAAGUGCGCUCGCUGCCGAAACCACGGAGUUGUGUCAUGCCUGAAAGGUCACAAGCGCUUCUGUCGCUGGCGUGACUGUCAGUGCGCAAACUGUCUCCUCGUUGUAGAGAGACAACGAGUGAUGGCCGCACAGGUCGCCCUGAGGAGACAGCAAGCAACGGAGGGCAAGAAAGGCCACAGGACGACCCCAUCGCUUAGACGCAAAGCCUGCCAGCGCUAUGCACGAGCACCCAGCCUUCUAGUCAAAAGUAUUCUUGAGGGCAGCAAACCUCCACUAGUCGAAGAGGACCCCUGGCUGAAACGGAUCCACUACCCCUCCAUCAGCGCACGGAUGCGAAAGCGCCGCGCUUUUGCCGACAAGGAGCUGGAGAGCGUCAUGCUGGAGCGCGAGCUGCGGCAGAAGGAGAUGCAGGAGAUGUCCGGACUGGUGCUCCUCCACCCGCCGCUCUCCCCGGUCUUCACUGACCCGCCGCUGACCGAGCCUGGGCUGCCUGCCUACAUGCCCAUGUACAGAGGUAACCCGCUUCUGUUUGACUGCAGCCUCCUCUGCCAGGCCACCGACGAGCGGCUCAAACCUCGGCCCAUGGAGGUCAGUUACAAAGACAACCUGCCCAAAGGGUCGCUGGCAGUGGAGCCCCCGGGCCCUGGCAGGGAUAGAGCGCUGGACAGGUGGGGGGCUUUGGAGGACUCGAGGGCCCUCCUCCACGAGCCCCUGUUUCUGCCCAUGCUCCACACCCAGCUCAGACCUUACACGGACUCCGCUGGCCUCAUGGACCCACAGAGGACUUUGAUUAAAAGUGUUAUCGUUGACCAGUCUAGGUUAACACACGGCAUGGCAGCCAACCUGGUCCAUGAGCCCAGACCGGUCAGUCAGCAGGAGCUUAACAAACACUGUAGAUCGCCAUCACACACAAGCUCAGUUAAAAACACUGGAGUUCGGCCCUUGCCCUUUUCUGUGGAGUCUCUAUUGAUGAGGUGAAUAGCUCAUACAGAAAGGUCAUCCAUGUCUUACUGUAUACUACAUUAGGACUGGCCGUGGGCUGCAUUUAGGAAUCUAUUGGAAAUGCAACCAUUUUGUAUCAUCCAUGCAAAGUGCAUUAUCUAAUAUCAAAUAGGGCAACAUUAUGAAAAGUGUACUUGAAAAUGUAUGGUGUCAAAAAUAAAAAUAUAACUAACAGAUCAAAUUCCAGAAAUUUGACACUAUUUCCUAUUACUAACAUAUUUACAUUUUAUACUGCUUUGUAUUAUAGUACUUUUUGAAAAAUAUAAAUAUUUUGUGUGACUA